AUGACAGACGCCACCGUUGACGAGACGCCCAUCUCGCCCACCCGCAGCUUGGAGCGCCGCGACAGCUUGGAGAAGCAUCUCCAACACCGUCCGGAUGUCCAGGAUCUGAAGAACCGAAACAUUUUGCUCGACACAAAUACUGCACCAGCCCUGCAAGCAAAGGCUCUUGAGCUCGAGCGCCAACGCGCCACAGAUAACCUCAAAAAGGGCCUAGAGCACCGUCCCGAGCGCGAGGAGCUCGUCGAGCGCAACAUCUUGCCACACUCCAACGCCGCUCCCGCCCUCCAAGGUCACCAGAAGGAGCUCGAGAAGAAUAUGCGCGCAGACAACUUGGAGAAGGAGCUCCAGCAUCGACCCUCCCCUGAGGAUCUUGUCAAGAAAGGCAUUCUGGAGGCCGACGAGAACCCUUUGAAGGAGUCGUGA